AUGGCUCCGGACGACGAGAAUAACAACACCCCCGGGGCAAGCCAGAACCAAGACGAGAAUGCAAUCGAGGCAGUGCAGCAUGGCGUCCGACGGCCGUCGAAGUUUAGGCGCGAGAGCAGUAUGGUUCUUGAAAAUAUGAGCCCUGAAGACAAGGCGCAGUUGGUCCGCAUCGCUUCCAACUUUCCCAGACAGCCUACAGCAGAUGCUGGCGCUGGCGCUGGUAGACCACCCCUCGAACGGAUGGAUACUGUCGACGAAAUGGAUAUCGAGCACCCUGCAUUUGACCCUACCAGUGAUCAAUUUGAUCAACUGAAAUGGGUUCGAAAGAUAAUGAGAAUGUUGGACAAGGAAGGAAUUCCACGUCCUGCGGCGGCGGGGGUUGCCUUUCAUAAUCUCAAUGUAUCAGGGUCUGGAUCAGCCUUGCAAUAUCAAAACAAUGUGGGCUCGGUCUUGCUGGCACCCUUCCGCCCUCAAGAGUACCUGAGUUUUGCUAGGUCGUCACAGGAAAGGCAUAUUCUGCGCAAUUUUGAUGGUCUUCUCCAAAGUGGUGAGCUGCUGAUUGUCCUGGGUCGGCCUGGCAGUGGUUGUUCGACACUACUCAAGACUCUGUGUGGAGAACUGUAUGGGCUGAAGCUGGGAAAGAGCUCAGACAUCCAGUACAAUGGAAUUUCCAUGGAGAGAAUGCAUAAGGAGUUCAAGGGGGAAGUGUUAUACAACCAAGAAGUAGACAAACACUUCCCCCAUUUAACUGUUGGACAAACCCUCGAAUUUGCAGCAGCAGCGAGAACUCCUGAAGUUCGCUUGAGCGGCAUUGGUCGGCAGCACUACGCCAAACAUGUCACUCAAGUUGCAAUGACUAUCUUUGGUCUGACCCACACGUACAACACCAAGGUGGGAGAUGACUAUAUCAGGGGCGUUUCGGGAGGUGAAAGAAAGCGAGUCAGUAUCGCCGAGAUGGCACUUUCUGGAGCACCCAUUGCAGCCUGGGACAACAGUACCCGAGGCCUUGACUCUGCAAGCGCGCUGGAAUUCGUCAAAGCUUUGCGAAUUUCAGCCGAUCUAGCCGAGAGUAGCCACGCUGUUGCAAUAUAUCAGGCAUCACAGGCAAUCUACGAUGUCUUCGACAAAGCCAUAGUCCUAUAUGAAGGGAGGGAGAUUUUCUUUGGGCCCUGCGACGAAGCAAAGGACUAUUUUGUUAAUAUGGGCUGGCAUUGCCCUCCACGUCAAACAACUGGUGAUUUCUUGACUUCUGUGACUAACCCACAAGAACGUCAAGCACGUGAGGGAAUGGAAAACCAGGUUCCUCGUACUCCGGAUGACUUUGAGGUUUACUGGAAGAACAGUUCUCAAUAUGCUAGACUCUGCGAGGAAAUCGAGGAAUACCGAAAAGAGUUCCCUGCAGGAGGCGAGUCGGAACAACGGUUUAGUGAAUUAAAGAGGCUCAUGCAAGCAAAGCAUGUACGGCAAAAGAGUCCCUAUAUCAUCUCUAUUCCUAUGCAAAUUAAGCUCUGCACAAUAAGAGCCUAUCAGAGGAUCUGGAACGACAAACCUGCCACACUGACAACUGUUAUUGGGCGAAUUGUUAUGUCUCUUAUCGUUGGAUCGAUAUACUAUGGGACUCCGAAUGCUUCCGUUGGGUUUUACAGUAAAGGGGCAGCCCUUUUCUUCGCCGUCUUGAUGAAUGCUCUUAUUAGUAUCACAGAGAUCAAUUCGCUCUACGACCAACGGCCUAUCGUUGAAAAACAGGCCUCAUACGCCUUCGUCCAUCCUUUCGCUGAAGCUUUCGGGGGUAUUGUCUCGGAUAUCCCAGUCAAAUUUAUCUCCGCCGUGGUGUUCAAUAUUAUUUUUUAUUUCCUAGCCAGCUUGCGAUAUGAACCCUCGCAGUUCUUUAUAUUUUUCCUUUUCACCUUCCUCAGCACGCUGGCCAUGUCUGCUGUUUUCCGGACACUUGCCGCGGCAACAAAAACUCUCGCGCAAGCAAUGGCCUUGGCAGGUGUGAUAGUAUUGGGUAUUGUCGUCUACACAGGCUUCGUGAUACCCGUGCCACAAAUGCACGACAUUCCAUGGUUCAGCUGGAUUCGAUGGAUCAACCCGGUAUUUUACACAUAUGAAUCAAUGAUUGCGAAUGAAUUCCACGGUCGACGCUUCACAUGUUCGCAGUUUGUGCCUGCAUAUCCCAGUUUGAGUGGAGACUCUUUCAUAUGCGCAGUCCGAGGUGCUGUGGCAGGCGAAAGGACUGUGUCUGGAGACGCUUUUAUCGAAUCUCAGUAUAGGUACAGAUAUACACAUGAAUGGCGGAAUCUCGGCAUUCUGAUUGGUUUCUGGGCAUUUUUCACGGGACUAUACUUAGUGACCACGGAACUCAAUUCCGCGACUACAUCAAAGGCCGAAUUCCUAGUCUUUCGCCGAGGCCAUGUUCCAGCGCAAAUGCGCCAUCUCAGCAAGCAUCAAGGCAACGGUGGAUCCCCUGAGGUUAAUCAGUCCGAGAAAGGGGCUCAGACAGAGCAAGAUACGUCUGCGAUUCCUAAGCAACAUAGCAUAUUCACGUGGCGGAAUGUCUCCUACGAUAUCCCUGUCAAAGGGGGUCAGCGACGCCUCUUGGAUAAUGUCACUGGGUGGGUUAAACCUGGUACCCUCACAGCCUUGAUGGGUGUCUCGGGGGCCGGCAAGACAACACUGCUUGAUGUUCUAGCCAGGAGGGUUUCAAUUGGUGUCGUGACCGGCGAUAUGCUGGUGGAUGGGAAAGCCCUGGACAACAGCUUUCAGAGGAAAACAGGAUACGUACAACAGCAAGACCUCCAUCUUUCCACGAGCACAGUGAGAGAGGCGUUACGUUUUAGUGCAGCCCUGCGUCAACCAAAGUCAGUCCCUAAGAAGGAAAAGUACCAAUUUGUCGAGGAGGUUAUAGAAAUGCUUAAUAUGCAGGACUUUGCUGACGCAAUUGUCGGAACACCUGGCGAAGGGCUGAAUGUUGAACAACGAAAAUUGUUAACUAUUGGAGUCGAGCUGGCUGCAAAGCCUGCACUGCUGAUUUUCCUUGAUGAGCCAACAAGUGGUCUGGACUCUCAAAGCUCGUGGUCGAUUGUUGCCUUCUUGCGCAAGCUUGCAGACCAUGGUCAGGCAGUGCUAUCCACGAUUCAUCAACCUAGUGCCCUCUUGUUCCAGCAAUUUGAUCGCCUACUUUUCCUGGCAAAGGGCGGGAGAACCGUUUAUUUUGGGAAUAUUGGAGAGCAGUCCCGUACCUUGCUUGAUUACUUUGAAAGGAAUGGGGCGAGAGUCUGUGGCGAGGACGAAAACCCGGCUGAGUAUAUGCUGGAGAUCAUCGGGGCUGGCGCAUCCGGAAAGUCCUCUAAGGAUUGGGCCGCGGUUUGGAAGGAGAGUCCGGAAGUUCAAGGUGUUCUGAAAGAGGUCGAUCAAAUCCAUCAGGAUCGGGCGUCAGCAUCCAAUGAUGAGACCGACGACAGCCAGCAGGGUAAGCAUGCAGAAUAUGCCAUGCCUUUUGUCUCCCAGCUCUGGUAUGUCACCCAUCGCGUCUUCCAGCAAUACUGGCGCGAGCCCUCAUACGUUUGGGCCAAGAUUAUUCUCGCCACCUUAUCAUCCCUAUUCGUUGGCUUCACAUUCUUCAAACCCAACAGCUCCCUUCAAGGAUUCCAGGACGUCUUGUUCAGCGCCUUUAUGUUGACAUCCGUCUUUUCAACCUUGGUACAACAAAUUAUGCCCAAAUUCGUGGUCCAACGGUCUCUAUACGAGGUCCGCGAAAGACCGUCCAAGGCAUACUCAUGGGCUGCAUUCCUGAUCGCCAACGUCAUUGUUGAGAUUCCCUAUCAGGUUCUCGCCGGUGUCAUCAGUUUCGGGGCAUAUUACUAUCCUGUUUUUGGAGCCAACCAAGCAAGCAAUCGUCAGGGGCUCAUGCUGCUCUUUAUUAUACAGUUCUAUAUCUUCACUUCAACUUUUGCGUCAUUCGUGAUUGCCGCCCUCCCCGACGCCGAAACAGGUGGUACUAUCGCCACUCUCCUGUUCAUGAUGACUCUUAUUUUCAACGGUGUCAUGCAGCCACCUACCGCCCUCCCGGGCUUCUGGAUCUUCAUGUACCGCGUCUCGCCACUGUCGUACCUGAUUGCUGGUAUGACCGCGACAGGGUUACACGGGCGACCAAUCACUUGUUCUAGUGAAGAACUCAGUGUCUUCAAUCCACCCGCCGGUUCAACAUGCGGCCAGUACCUGGCCUCCUAUCUACAGGCUGCCCCUGGCCAGUUGUACAAUCCAGAUGCAACGCAGGGGUGCCAGUACUGUCAGUUCCGGAACGCCGACCAAUAUUUAGCUAUUUCGAAGAUCCUUUAUGGUGAACGCUGGCGCAAUUUCGGAAUAGGAUUUGCGUACAUCGGUUUCAAUAUCCUGGGAACCGUCCUCCUGUACUACUCGUUCCGUAUCAAAAAGUAUAACCCCACUACCUUCGUACGAUGGAUCAUCACCGGAGGAGGAGUGGUGUGUCGCGUGUUCAAGAGACGCUCUGGAUCGACCCCUAAGGGACGGGAGGCAGAGAAUGUUCGAUUGGUGUGA